CAACCACGAUUCCACGGUAAUACGCCUUUUGGGAGCCUUCCAAACAGUGAACUUUUCGAGUGCUUAGGACCAACCCAGAAUUGUCAAUUCAGUUGUCUUCUCCCUCAAGUUACCUGGGUACUUCCCAGACCCGACCAGGGUACGACACCGGCAACCCAGUUUCCGAGUUUAAAGUGCCAUCACUUCCAACACCACUCUACUACGGAAGAUAGUGGCUGUUAUCAGCCACCGUAGCUUGGUGGCGUUGCCGAGCAUGUCCUCUAUGUGGGGACAACUGCUGUGAAGCAACAACUCAUGCCUGACCCCACCACGACUGUCACACAUCAUCCCGAUCCCAAUCCCGAUCCCAGUACAUCGAACAACUUCACCGCGGCAUGACGCUUUCGGUAGGUAACCUUCAGCUACUCUGAGUCUCUCCUUGCCUAAAUUUCUCGAUCGUCGACGCAAAACGGCGAAUCCCAUGUGCUUGAGCAACCAUGCUUUUGAUCACACAGCUGCCCUGCGAGAUAAUCGCCGAAAUCCUGCGCAACCUGGACCAUCUCCGGUUCCUAUCCCCGGCUCUCCUAACGUGCCGCCAUUUCUACACCUCCUUCAAGGAAUACCAUGGCAUCGAAAUCUCGAUCCUCCGCCACCAAGUCACCCCGGCCCUCCUUCCACACGCAGUCGCCGUGGUGGAAGCGUCGCGUCUGCCUCGGCGCAGGGUUUUCACAAGCUCGUUCCGGUGUUUGCUCGACGAGCUCUACGAGCGACCGGCGCGUCUGGUGGACCGGCUGCCGACUUUUCCAACGACCUUGAUUUGGAAAAUAAGCCGCACUCAUGACGUGAUUCACGCCUUCGCGACCGACUUUGCGACUCGCGCCUUGGAUUGCAUUGCACCUGGAGCUGCAUCAGCUGGUCCAUGCACAGUGGUAGCGCUAUCGCCUCUCGAAUACUUUCGCUUCCGCCGGGCAUUCUACAGGGUCGAAUUGUUCUAUACGCUUUUCCAGGACAGUUUGUUUAGAAAGAACAUGGACAACUGGUUUUUUUCGAGACAUCCGUUUUGGGAAAACGAACAAAUCGGCUGUGUACACGAGUACUUGCUAGCAAGGUUCGCCGAAGCUUCUCGCGAUAUCGUCGCCCAUGAUGUUUUCUUCGGGGAGAUCUCGAUCGACUAUCUCACGCCGGGGGAAGACGACCGAUAUCACACUUGGCUAUCUCAAGGCGUUGAAUUUGUUUACAACCUGACAGUUGCGGACUCUUACGAUGCCAAGCACAGCAUGUUGCAGUCUGCUCUAGACUCCAGACCCCGCUGUGUCAACUUGCUUGAGGCCUUGGUCGCGUUUCUCGACGGCCUCUACCUCCCGGACGGGAACAAUAUGGAGCAGCUAUCUGAAGAAGAGUUGCGCUCUUUUACCCCAGGCCACGCUUAUGAUCCUGCCCAGGACGACAUAGACCGAGGGCCGUACGAGUCUUGGCGCCACACUCGCGCAGAUUUGAGGUUGGAGACAUCGCUCAUGCACGCUGAUGACGGCUGGCUCCGUGAGCGCGCCUACGUGUUUUGGGACCAGGACCGCGUGCAGACGUAUUUCAGGGCUGGGUUUGGGGAAGGCCCAUCUCCAGAUGCCAUCCGCGAGCGGGAAUAUCAUGAUAUGCUGGAUACGUUCGCUCAAAGGUCAAAGAUCUGGCGGAAAGGAGGCAGGGGUUACUGGAGCACUGAUGACACGAGCCGGAUAGUGUGGCCCGAUAAACUGAACUAGGAUGAAAGUUUUAGGAUGGCCGCAACGGCGUUCUCAAGCCCAUUCUAGUGCGGCUAUUGAAAAGAAAGACGCUAUCCUACUGCA